GUGUGAAUGAGGAAGUGAGAGGGCGACGUCAACGUGAAGCUGCAGAGUCAAGUGAAGAGGUUCACGAUUGUUAUAGUUACAUGUUGUUCAGGCGACAUGAAGAUUAAUGAGAACACGUUACUGGAGGGACACGCGGUCGUGCUGGUUCCUUACAAUGAGAACCACGUGCCCAGGUACCAUGAGUGGAUGAAGUCUCCUGAGCUGCAGCAGCUGACGGCUUCAGAGCCACUGACCCUGGAGCAGGAGUACGACAUGCAGAGGAGCUGGAGGGAAGAUACUGACAAGUGCACAUUCAUCAUCCUGGACAAGCAGCGAUGGGCGGACCCCAGUGUAGAGGAGGAGCAAUGCAUGGUGGGAGACGUCAACAUCUUCCUGACUGACCCCACAGACCCAUCCUUGGCGGAGCUGGAAGUCAUGAUUGCAGAGCCCAGUCACAGAGGGAGGGGCAUCGGGAAGGAGGUGACGCGCAUGAUGAUGUGCUACGGUGUCUCCAAACUCGGGGUCAAAAAGUUUCAAGCGAAAAUCGGGCUGGACAACGAGAUCAGCAUCGGCAUGUUCAAGAAACUCCACUUCCACGAGGCGUCGGUGUGCAAGGUGUUCAAAGAGGUGACCCUCGAGAUGGCGGUGGACGAGUGCGCGCGGACGAGGAUGCUGGGCGACGCCCCCCUCGCGAAGGAGAGGGACUACAGACAGGCCCGCGGCAACCGACGGGAACAGGCUUCACAGUGACGCUGCACCGUCACGUCCCAAAGACUUCCUGCUGUGAAGCAGAUGUUUCUGCACAGGUGAAAGAAACCAGGCUGAAAACUGGUGUGAGAUUUAGACUCGGCUCUUUUUUGUAGUACCAAAAUACGUGUUCAUUCUGUCCUUGCAGAGGUAAGAGGUUACUGAGUAUCACGUAAUAUUAAUACAGUUUUUAGGUGCUGGGACUUUAGAAUAUAUAUAUAUAUAUUAUAUAUAUAUAUAAUAUAUAUUCUACCUCUUCAGCUCUCCCUGGAGUUUUGUGGCCAAAGCUAUGCAGACACGUAAGCAGUAACUUUGAUGUGAGUGUUAAACAUUGCUCUGUCUUCCAACAGAUUUAAAAGCAUCUUGGUUCUGUUUGUAAACCAUUUUAAGAUCCCCAUGAAUAAAUACAUUUGGUUUUGUAUUA